AUGCAGGAAAUCCAACAUCGAAAGGACACAGAGGAGAGAAGAUGGGGCAUCUGUGGCUGUUUGGAGUCAAGGCUCAUCCCUAAGCUCCGCCUCCUGAGCUCCCCCUCCCCUCCUGUGUCCCCCCUUCCCACCUGUGUUCCCCCUCCCCUCCUGAGCUCCCCCUCCCCUCCUGUGUCCCCCCUUCCCACCUGUGUUCCCCCUCCCCUCCUGAGCUCCCCCUCCCCUCCUGUGUCCCCCCUUCCCACCUGUGUUCCCCCUCCCCUCCUGAGCUCCCCCUCCCCUCCCUGUUUCCUGAGAGGCACAUCGUUACCUGCACCUGUGGAGCUGCAGACCUGUGCCAAUCAACAACAAUUCCACUCCAUUCAAAAACACCUUCAAGACCUGUUUCCCAGAGCCUGA